UUCCGAGGGGGUGCCAGACCAAACUGGCCCGGUUGGGUUCGAGGCCAGCCCUAGGUUGUCAACUACUCUAGCUGAGAGGAAGAGAGUGCCCUCCCACAGGCCAAACUGUUCAGAGAUCAGUGACGUCCAGGGAAGUAGAAGUCAUUAUCUGGUAGCCUUCCCAGCAGUCAUUAAGCAUCCCAGUACAGAAACGUUCUGUGUGCUUCUACACUCCCUCCCCAAUACUGUCCACCUGGCAGUAACGUUGGAAAUGACAGCCCAGAAUCACACCCUAUUGGAAAAGGAUGUGUUGAAUCCAGGGUACUUCAAGUGCACCAGCUUCCAGGUUCCAGCCUUUGUUUCCAAGAGCUUCCACAUGGAAGAAGAAGAAGAAGUGGCCCGUGUACAUGUCCUAAUCCGAGAGGACGAAAAUGUUUGCUUUGAGGGCCGGAAGAAAGUAUUGGUCAAGAACCCUUACAUAAGGCAUCUCAUAGAGCCAGAUAAGCCCUUUUACAAGCCUGGAGAGACAGCAAAGUUUCGAAUUCUGAGGCUUGAUGAAGAAUUUAAGGCCAUUGAAGAUGAGAUCCCUUUGGUAGAGCUGAUAGAUCCCAAUGAGAACCGGAUUGGCCAGUGGGUGAAUGUGAAGUCCCAACAAGGCAUUGUGGAUUUGUCCUUCCCUUUAGCCUCUGAAGCAGCCCUGGGAAGUUAUACCAUCAAAGUGGGAGACAGUUAUCUAAAACAACGAGAAUUCAAAGUGGAGGAAUAUGUGUUGCCUAAAUAUGAAGUGUUACUUCAGCUCCCGCCAUUAGUCACCACCUUAGAUGAAGAAAUUCAGUUCAGUGUGUGUGGCAAGUACACAUAUGGAAAGCCUGUUCUUGGGAAUGUACAUGUGACAUUGAAUCGGGAAAUAUCAUAUUAUUUUUUAAUAGAGAGAACUAAUGAAUCACUUCCUAUCAUUGAAAAGGAGUUUAUAGGGCAGACUGACAAGACAGGUUGUGCUCAUUUUACUGUUAGUGCAAAAGAUCUGAACCUCUCUCAAGAAAGCUAUUCCAAUUAUAUUCAGGUUGAUGCAGAAUUGGAAGAGAAAGGAACAGGCAUGACACACUCAGGAAGUGACACCAUCUUUAUCACCACCAAAUCAGUUGAUGUUGAAUUCAUCAAUCUCAAUCCAUACUACAAGCAUGGGUUUCCAUAUACUGGAAAGAUGAAAUUUACUGUUAAUGAAGUACCUAUCAAGAACCAGACUGUCUAUCUUACAGUUGAUUUCAAUGAGGUGGAGACACACUUUCAAUUCAUCACAGAUGAGAAUGGUGAAGCUCACUUCUCUUUAGACACAACAGCAUGGCAAGAUGCUCUGGUUUCUAUACGGGGCAGAUACUCUAUUUUUAAUGUGACCCAAGGUGAUGCCACUGCCCUUGGUAUAAUGCUUAAUGAAGCUUUCAGAUGGCUGAAGCCCUUCUACUCAGAGAGCAAUAGCUUCAUUGAGAUCCAGAAUUUGGAGAAUGAGCUGCCAUGUGAAAAGGAUCAGGAAGUACUGGUGGAUUAUAUCCUUGACAGGAAAGAACUGGACCCUGCAGCUGACCAUGUGGAUUUCUAUUACUUGGUUGUAUCAAGAGGGAAAAUUGUUACCAGUGGACAGAAGCAGGUACCAAUUGGCAAGGAUGAGAACCUGAAAGGCACCUUCUCUCUCACUCUGUCCGUGAGUGCUGACCUGGCACCCAUUGCCAGGCUUCUGCUGUAUGCUGUGUUUGUUGAUGGCGAGGUGGCAGCUGAUGUGGAGCAGUUCACAAUAAACAAGUGCUUCAAACAUAAGGUGACACUGGGCUUCUCAGAAGAAGAGCAGGUUCCAGGAUCAAAUGUCAAUCUGCAAGUAGAAGCUGCUCCUGGUGCAUUGUGUGCUCUCAAAACUGUGGACAAGAGUGUCAUCCUGAAGGAGAAUGAAACUUUGACACCAGAAAAAAUAUAUAAUGAACGAUUCUAUUAUUAUGAUACAAUUGGAGCGAGAGGAUUUGACUAUCAUUUGGAAGAUUUUGAGCCAUAUCCUUGUCUGCCUCCUGUGGAUCCUCUGACCAGUAAUAGGCAAAAACGGUCUUUCAUUCCAGGCCCCUGGUAUCAAAGCCAGGGUGACGUCUAUAGUCUGUUUAAGCAACUGAGGAUGAAACUUUUAACCAACACCAAAGUUAAAAAGCCAGUGCUUUGCGAUUUACCACAUCCUGAGAGAAGGCUUUACAAAACACAUGCAUAUUCGUUUGGUGCUGGAAUACCUAUUGCGCUUGGAAUGGCUGGUCCUCAGUCUGAAGCAGGGCCUGGGAUUCAAGAUUCUGCAAACACCAAAGUGCAAGAGAAACCAAGGACACACUUUCCAGAGACCUGGAUCUGGGAUCUGGUCCCUAUAAAUGAAGAGGGGAAAAUAUCUCAAUCAGUUACUAUUCCAGACACUAUUACAGAGUGGAAAGCUGAUGCAUUCUGUAUGGCGGAUGUUGGCUUUGGACUCUCUAAACAAGCCACACUUAGGGUUUUCAAGCCAUUCUUUGUGGAUCUUCUGCUGCCAUAUUCUGUGAUUCGUGGAGAAACUUUCCAGCUAAAAACCAUUGUCUUCAGUUACCUAAAGGACUGUAUCCAGGUGAGAGUAAGCCUGGGAGAGUCUCAACAACUGGAGGCAAAGCCGUGUCCAACCUGCCACUUCACCACUUGCCUCUGUGAAGACGAGGCCAAGACUUUCUCCUGGAAUGUGACAGCUACCGAACUGGGACAUGUCAACCUCUCAGUAACCACAGAGGCUGAGGAGACCCAUGAGCUGUGUGGCAACAAGAUUUCUGUGACGCCUCCUCGAGGUCGGUCAGACACGGUGGUAAAAUCCCUGCUCGUCAAGUCAGAAGGCUUCCUUGAAGAAAAGACCCAGAAUGCACUCCUCUGUUCUCCAGGGGGCCCAGUGCUGGAAGAUGUUUCCCUCAAAUUGCCUGAAGCUGUUGUGAAAGAUUCUAGCCGAGCCACCAUCUCUGUCAUUGGGGACAUAAUGGGUACUGCACUCCAGAAUAUUGACCAAUUGCUUCAGAUGCCCUUUGGUUGCGGUGAGCAAAACAUGGUCAAGUUUGUUCCCAAUAUCUUUAUCCUCCGGUAUUUGGAAAAGACCAACCAGUCAACUCCAGAGAAUAAGCAGAAGGCGAUUGAAUACAUGAAGAAUGGUUACCAGCGCCAGCUCCUCUAUAAACAUGAUGAUGGCUCCUACAGUGCCUUUGGGAAGCGUGAUGAUGAAGGGAAUACUUGGCUGACAGCUUUUGUGGUUAAGGCUUUUGGCCAGGCAAAGUCCCAUAUCUUUGUUGAUGAAAAACCCAUUCAGGAUGCUGUACACUGGUUGGGGCAGCACCAGGGUCCCUCUGGCUGCUUCCAAAGUGUGGGAAGGCUCUUCAACAAUGCCCUGAAGGGUGGUGUGGACAAUGAGCUUUCUCUGACGGCUUAUGUUACUGCCUCACUCCUAGAGCUCCAUCAGAAUAAUGAUACCAUGGUGCAUGAUGCCUUACAUUGCCUUAAAGCAAACUUAAGUUCUGUUCACGACGCCUACCCCAGGGCCUUGUUGGCUUACGUCUUCACUUUGGCUGGGGACACAGAGAUGCGGCAACAGCUCUUGAGACUCUUAGAUGAACAGGCUGACAAAACAGAAGGAUCCAUAGCCUUUUCGGACACCGAGACAGCAGCCUAUUAUCUCUUGGCUGUGCUCUCCAUACCAGAGGUGUCCCCUGAUGAGAUCAGAUAUGCCUCUCGGAUUGUGCGUGCCCUCACCAGGCAGCAGAAUGCAUAUGGCGGCUUUUCCUCCACACAGGACACAGUGGUUGCUCUGCAGGGUCUAUCCAAGUAUGCAGCCUUGACAUUUCAAGAGAUAGAAAGCUUAAAGGUGCUGGUGAAAUCCAGCCAGGAUUUCCAGCAUGAAUUCCAUGUGGACAGGCAGAAUCGGCUUCUACUGCAGCUGGCUUCUCUCCCCGACAUCCCUGGACAGUACAAGGUGGAGGUAUCAGGGAGAGGCUGCGCGUAUGUUCAGACUACCCUUCGAUUUAACCACUUACCUCAGAGGACCAAUGUUUUUGCUUUGGAAGUGGAGACCUCCCCAAAAGAAUGCAAUGAGACUUCCCGGAAACAUUUUGACAUCAAUCUACAACUGAGCUACACAGGGCACCGACAAACAAGCAACAUGGCCCUCAUGGAAGUGAACUUGUUAUCAGGAUUCAUCCCUGUGAAGAAGUCUUUGAAAUGGCUGGAUAGUCAACCACGCGUAAAGAAGGUGGAAUUUGACCCUGGCAAAAUCAGCAUCUACCUGGAUUGGCUGGAUAGCAAUGUUCAAAGCUACAGUUUCUCUGUGGAGCAGGAAGUUGAAGUGACUGAUCUGAAGCCAGCAAUAGUGAAACUCUAUGAUUACUACCAUCCAGAUGACUAUGUGGUUGCUAAUUACAACGCUCCCUGCAGUUCAGAAAGCACAAAAGAAGAUAUGGCCUAAAAUCCUCUACCUUUUGUAUACUAUAUUAAUUAUCCUAGAGUGAAUAUUGAAAUUGCUGGAGAAGAUUGUCCUGUCAUUCUUUGGGGACUGUUUAUUUAAUCACAAUCUCAAUACCAUAGGACUGGAAGAACCAAAAGGUUAUUUAGACCAGCCCCACUCUGUAAUGGUAAGAUUCUUCUGGCUAGAUAAUUGAACAAACGAUGAAAUCUAAAGCUAACCAGCAGUGCCAUUCGUCACAAAAGACAGGCCACAAAGGAACAGAGAAGCUCUUCUAGAACCUUCCGUUUCCAUGUCAAAAUAGGUUUGUUGGUUGGAGAUCUUUCCAUUCGGGUUCUGCCUAAUUUCUAGAAUGGUUCUUGCUGCCAUUUUGGAUUGCAGUUGUCUUGGUUCUGGGGAUGAAUUGAUCAGCAUCUGGCACUUUGAGAGUCGUAAUUGCCAGCGCAAGUGGCAAUUACAAUUAUAGAAAUCGAAAUUGAAUAAAUAAAUAAAUAAGUUUCACUGUG